CUGUGAUAGCCACCAACCUCGUAUCCGAACGUACUUGUUGUUGGAUAAUUUGGAUUUGGCGUUUGAGGUUAUGUUUACUGCAUAUUUUGUCGAGUCAGAAUUAAGAAGAGUAUUUGAAGGUGCUACAAGUACUAAAUCCUAGUUAAAUCGACGGCUACGUAAUAAAAAAUGUUGGUGACACUGAAAACGUUACAACAAUUAUCUUUCCAAAUAGAAAUCGAUCCAGAGGAAACUGUCAAAGCCCUCAAGCUCAAAAUUGAAGUUGAAAAAGGGAAAGACUAUGCUGCUGACCAUCAGAGACUCAUUUACGCCGGAAAGAUACUUCUCGACGACAAUAAGAUAAGUACUUAUAAUAUAGAUGAGAAAAAAUUCAUCGUCAUCAUGGUUACAAAGCCUAAAACAUCGGAAAUUCAAGCAUCAUCUACUUCCGCUCCUGAAGCUGGUGAAAGUGCUUCAACAGAGAGUGGUGACGGUAAAGACAAAAAACCUGUAGAGGAAACACCGAAACCGCCUGCAGCUGCUGAACCAGAACAUUCUGCUGAACCUCCAGCAGUCGCCAAUGAGCCAGAUUUUGAGGCAACUGUUCAAAGCAUUAUGGAUAUGGGCUACAACCGUCAACAGGUCGAACAGGCAUUGCGCGCUUCAUUUAAUAACCGUGAGAGAGCUGUAGAGUACUUAAUCACAGGUAUACCAGAUGACUUACUUCAAGAACAAGAGGGGGAAGAAGGUUCUGAUGAAGACCCAUUAGCUUUCCUUCGUGAUCAGCCCCAAUUUCAACAAAUGAGGGCUGUCAUACAACAAAACCCUAACUUAUUGAAUGCUAUUCUCCAGCAAAUUGGUCAAACUAAUCCUGCCCUACUGCAAGCGAUAAGUCAACAUCAACAAGCAUUUGUCAGAAUGUUAAAUGAACCAGUCAAUCCCACUAGUGGUAGUGCUGCUGCUGAGGAAAGUGUUGCGGAGUCCCAGCCCCCUCAACAACCUCAGAAUGUAAUCCAAGUUUCUCCUCAGGACAAAGAAGCCAUAGAACGGUUAAAAGCUUUGGGAUUUCCUGAGCAUAUGGUGAUACAAGCUUACUUUGCUUGUGAAAAAAAUGAAAAUCUGGCAGCAAACUUCUUGCUAUCAAAUAAUUUUGAUGAUUAAAUUAAUAUUACUUGAAACAGUGAAGAGACAAAAUUACAAAUUUUA